AUGGAAACCCCCGCGCGGGCUGCCCUUGCGGCGCGCCGCCAGCCCCGGGAAGUUUCAAACGCUGCCGGGACGGGGGAGACGCGCCACUGGGUCGGGGCCGCGCCUGAGUGUGAGAGUACUGCGAGCUGGGGAGGAAGGCCUGCAGCGGCUCUGCGGUCGCCCCCGAGGCCUGGGGCCUGGGCUGGACUCUGGGACGCUUCUUCAGCUACACAGCCAAGAUACCUGAUUGACUUGUGCAAGAUCAGACUGGAUAGCUGCUAUCUUGGAGGACGGUCCAGAUUCUCUCAAAAGCUUUCUAGCCCCAUUCUGCACGAUCAUCAGUCAUGGACUAAGGUCUGGAGGCUAAAAGCUCAAGAUCAAGAUGUCGGCAAGGCCAUACUUCCUCUGACGGAGCCAAGGAAGGAUCUGUUCCAGGCCUUUCUCACAGCUUCUGUCCACCAGGCUUGCUCCUGUCCUAGGACCACUGCGUUCACUGGUUCCUCUGCCUGGAAUCCCCUUGCUCAGAUCUCCACAUGGGUAACUGUGAUCAACCAUCUUAAUGCCAAGGUCACCUUCUCAGGAGGACUUUCUGGCCCACGAUAUCUAAGACAUUUCUCAAGCACCUUCUGUGUGCUGAUGGAGUCUGAGACAGACAAGAUCUCUGCCUUCAUGGAACUUAAAUUGCACACUCUGAUAUCUGAGCUUCGUUCUUCCCUCUGGCUGGAGCACAUUUACCCCAGAGAGCUGUGUGGGCCACUCCAACUCCUCCAGGUCUUUGCUCACAGGUCACCUUCCUGGCGGCAUAUCAACGUCACCAUCAGCAGGGCAGCCAUUUCGACGACGUGGCUGUCAACACCAUACACGGGCAUCGAAACUUUCACAACAGGUGCCAGCUACUGCAAAGGAAAUCCUGGAGGCAGUAAGAAGCACUGCAUCGCCGACAGUCUUAAGGGUACAGAGCAUGAUGCUGGGUGGAAAAAUGUGGACAUUGAUGACAAAGCGUCAAAAAUAAAACAGAAACCACAGCUGGCAUGACUGUAGUAUGAUUAGCAAAGCAGAUAAACUAUACAAACCAUGAUAUGCACAGCAAACUCAAGUGUUUUAACAUCAGCUUGUUCAGACCCAUUCAUUCCAAGAUAAGACCACUGACUUCUGGCAACUCAUCUCAUUACAAAUUCUGACCUAUCUCUGCCCAGCCCUUGCUUACGGUCUUCUGCUCCAAACCACCCGAUGACUACUCGCAGACUUCCCUAAAUCCUACAGCUACCCUAACUCCUCUGUAGAAAAUGCUGCUGAGACUCAAUGAAGGUGGUGCUUUCUCUUGUUCAGCAGUUUGAUAAACCCAGUUUUGUGUGAUCAGCAAUUUUCCCUGGUGGUCUUGGUACAGAGCUUUGAUAAUUCAAAAAGAAAUUCAGUAGAAUCAGCUUCAGUGCUAAAAAACUUCAGGAAU